UUGAUCCAUCUAUCGAUCAGGGUCAGGUAUGGAGCUGCUGUCCAACCGCCCGCUGCACGCCUCCGUGCCGGACAAGUACGUCUUCCCGCCGGAGAAGCGUGCCGCCCUGCUCCACGACGCGCCCAGCUCCGACGUCGCGCUCCCGGUCGUCGACCUCCAGCGUGCCUACCUCUCCGACGCGGGCCGCCGCCGCCUCGUAGCCGAGGAGAUCAUCAAGGCCGGCAAGGAGUUCGGCUUCUUCCAGGUGGUGAACCAUGGCGUGUCGGAGGACGUGGUGCGGGCGUUCCGGGAGGCGUCGGCGGAGUUCUUCGCGAUGCCGGCGGAGGAGAAGCUGCCCUACUGCUCCGACGACCAGAGCAAGCCCUUCCGCGUCGCCUCCAGCACCUCCUACGACCGGAACCAGACGCGCUACUGGCGCGACUACCUCAAGCUGCGGUGCCACCCGGUCUCCGACGAGCUCGUCGGCCACUGGCCGGCCAAGCCGGAGAGCUUCCGGAGCUCCCUCGCGGAGUUCUCCGCACAGGUGCACGACCUGGCGCAGACGCUGCUCCUGCUCAUCGCCGAGGGGCUCGGCCUCGACGGCGGCUUCUUCGCCGGGGCCCUCAGCGGCGGGGACACCCAGAUGAACGUCAACUACUACCCGCCGUGCCCGGACCCGAGCGUCACGCUGGGCCUGCUCCCGCACUGCGACCGCCACCUCCUCACCGUGCUCUCCCAGGGCGACGUCGCCGGGCUCCAGGCCAGGUACCGCGGGCGGUGGCUCCUCGUCCGUCCGGUCCCCGGCGCCUUCGUCAUCAACUUUGGGCACCAGAUGGAGAUCGUCACCAACGGCGUGCUGGCGAGCGUGGAGCACCGCGCCCUCACCAACUCGGCCGUGGCGAGGAUGUCCGUGGCCACGCUCAUCAUGCCCAAGAUGGACUGCCUUAUCGGCCCCGCGCCGGAGAUGGUGAGCAAGGAGAAUCCGGCCAAGUUCAGGGAGUUCGUGUUCAGGGAGUUCAUGGCGGCGUACGACACCGCCGCUGCGAACCGGGAGGACGUGCUGGAGUACUUCAGGAUCGAACAGCACUAGAUCGAUGCUGAUGGAUCUACAUCUAUGCCUAGACUUUCUUCCUAGCAGCUUGAUGUACCAAAUAAACAGAGCUCCGCUCCGGAGCGUUUGAACUCUCGUGUGGUUGCAUGCUCUUGACGCCAUGCCACAAAUUAAUGAAGCUUUCGUAUGUGGUUGUGUCUA